GCUGAUGCCACAUGCCCGUCGCGUCUCUCCCAUCGAGCAUAGCUUUCGGCUUACGCCGUGAUGAGACUUGUCUUGAUCACGACUAAUACAGGACUUGAUUGUCACGGCACUAUGCAAAUGCGGUGGCGUAUCAUAUGGCGAUAUUCCCAUGCCCUGUCUGACCAGAUUGCCUUCUGUUGUCUUUGCAUCAAGUUCAGCGCGAAACCUUUCCAGGGAUUGCUCGCUGCACUUUGCCCACACCGCCUUUCAUCCUACCGGAAGAAGAGUCUAGUCGCGAUGAGCACGCCAGGGAUCUCACGGCCAUGGUCAUCCCCUGACUCUCGCAUCCGUCGAGCACACUCCAUUCCUUCAACGUUUCAACACUACAUGAGCCAUGGAAGCAAUGCGCGCUGUUGUAUAUUCUCGCUUUGCGGCGGUCGUACCUCGGCUCAGGAUACCCCGCUCCAAGGCAUGGGCCGAGAACGCUCGGCGACCAGUCGCGCCCCCGCCCAAUCAUGGCUAGGAAAUAGCCGAACGCGCAGUCGCGACCGGCGACCGACGACCAUUUAAACUUUUUGACUACGUCGUCAACAGCGCCGGAUAAACAUGACGGCAUCAUAUUCGACAAUGCGGGUAAAAGCGUCCGCCGUGCGGCCGUGCGGGUGAGGCCUUGAGGGGAGAAACACCGCUUCCCAGCG